AUGAAUGGUCCGCAGGCGGAUGCUGCAGCCAUGCCCUCGAGCUCGGAGGGUGGAAGCAUUGUACCUCCCAUGCAGCAUGCCCUCAAUGUGACUUGCAAGGCGGCGUUGAGGCUGAGCAAGCUGUUGCAGCACAAGGAGACGGCUGCCAGGAAAUGGGAAGAGUAUACAGCACAGAUGAAGCAACAGUUCAUCAAGGAGAGACAGAAGUUCGAGCGGGACAUGGAAAAGCUUACCUCGGAUAUCCGGACGCAGAGCAGGUCGGAGGGCGGAGGAAGAGGAGGCCACUAUGGAUGCAGUGCUGCAAAGUUCUCUCCAAAAUGCCAGUUCAGCAGGACGGGCGACCCCACAACGGCCGCGCACCUCAGCCCCUAUGACUCCGGCGGUGAGGACAGGUGCACGUGCGGCGACAGUAUCGGAGCAAGUGGAGCCUAUGGAGCUGGAGCUGGAGUUGGCCGACGACCCAUAUCAUCUCCCGGCCCCACCUGCAACUCCAACGCCACCGGGCUUUACCUCUUUCUGGGGAUAGUCGUCUUCCAGCACAGAGUCGUGCCCGCGGAUCUGCCUCGUUAUCGGAAGCGCCACGACAGCCCAUCAUGGAGUCUUCCAAGCACAUGCCGACACCGGUGCUGGGAAGACGCGGCUUGGGAGAAAAACUGCAGGACGACGGUACUGGACAGGCCUUGCUCUGAGCAGUUUCCUCUGUUCGGAGCAAGGGAUGAGAUUCUGGCGGUCAGUUUCUUGCAUUGCUUCCAAGCUGUGGGCCAGACGGGUGCUCCCGGCGCCUUCGAUGACCACAGGGAGGCGAUUGAAGGUGGAGUUGUGGCUUUGUUUGAUUUUGUGCCCGAAAAGCACGGCCAUGUCCAGGGCGUGGCUCUGGAAGACAUUGGGGUGUUGGUGUGCUUCAUAGGAGGUGGAUCGGUUGCCCGGCCGCUCCAAGAAGGUGCUAGGCGUGUGGAUUUCUUUGGGCAGCCGCCUGAGGUAGUCAGCGACAUUGUGUUUGCUGCGUGGCCUGCCUCGCCUUCCCCUUGCUCUCCCUUCUGGGUCCCUUCCUCAUGUCCUCUGAAGACGUUGGCCCUUUAG